CGGCGAGAGUUGCCUCCCUGUAGCUUAUAAAGACACCUCGAGUCGUUAUCCGAAGGCAGUCCUUUAUGCUGAACACUACAGACUUGCGUUUUGGGCAUCAAUACUUCUUCCCCCAGAGACAAUGAAGACUCUUGCAAUAAUUCUAGCCAUUAUUCCCCUUGCCAUGGCAGGGAAGAAGCACAAAUAUGAACAUUUAAUUCAUGAUAAAUAUGGAGCACUAUUUUAUCAUGAUUAUGCUGCUCUCAGCACACUGUUCGCCUUGAAAAUCAAAGCAGCUUUCCUCAUUGCUGCAUUUAUAAUUGGCAUAGCAUGGUUCUACAAGGCAUAUGGUUUUGGAUACAAAUGCCAUUAUGGAUAUAAUCAUCAUGAUCGUUUAGGUGUGCAUCGUGCACCUUAUCAGACUGGCAGAGAAAUGGAUACAAGUUUCAUUCAAGAUAUUGCUAACAGGAUUGAUAUUACAGAUCUGGCAUUCAACAUUAUGAAUAUUGAUAAUACAGCAUGCAGAAAGAAGUUUGUCUGCAGUGUUACAGAGCUUACUGAUAAGCAACCUCUUCUACAAAAUGUUAUAAGUUAUUUCAGGGGAAAUCUGGAACAAUAUGGAAAUACAAGCCAUGUUACAAAUUCAACCAGAGAUUGCAAUGCCAUGUUCCCCAGCUGCUCACAGAACUUCUUUCAGCUACAGCAAACUGCAGGAACUGAUACAAUAAUUAUGUUGCCAAGCAAUACCUGAGAAGCAAAAAGGCAGAGAUACUGAAUAUAAUAUUCACACUUCUUUACAGAGGAUAAAAAUCCACAAUGUUGUACAAUAAGCUAGUCAUAGCACAAAUUGAUUAAAUGAUGUUUAUUUAUUUA